GACGUCUCGAGCCUCGACCUCUAUUUUUUUAGAGUCUUAUGCCCUCUUUCAGCUCAUACGGAUUGACCCAAGAUAAUGGUGAGACAUUUUUUGAUUACUCCCCGCAAUGGUCUAUAGGGAUCGCCCUCGUCGUGUCACCGACAUGAACUGAUAGGCAUUGCACGUUCACCUCAGUAUACCACAUCAUCGGUCGGUGACAUCCCUAGAUUAUCUUCCUGCCCUCGCACAGCCCUAUCUUGCUUAGCGGUCUAAUCAGCUCCUAUCAUAACUUCGUGGGAUCCGAGUCCCCUCAACCCUACAAAGAUGGCGUUGUGCUUAUACAUAUGGUCUGUCAUAUGUCCCAGCGCAGCGGAACCGAAGAUUGUCAUUGUCAGAAUCCGAUGACUUAAUUUGCUGGCGAAAUGAAGGUAUAAAGGAUGGUACCGCAACAGCCUCGAACGUCAUUGGCUUUUCCCAUGGACUCUCAGGUCACCCUCGUAGGACAGGCAGUCACUCAACGUGCGGAUGACGGCUAUUUAAUUCUGCGUUUCACCAGAGAUGACAUGAAUCACACCACGAUCUGCAUUGAUGGGGAACGCACAAGAUGUUAUGUGGUCGAAUCGAAUAGGACAAACUCGAGUACAUGGAUACACUACGUCGAUGACUGGUCCGUGCGCUCUCUCGUCGCUCACGUCGAGCGAAACAAUAUCAAGGCUGAUCAAAUCACCAUCAAAGACGGAAAGCCAAUGCGACUCAGCAAAUGGCUUAAGAAACCUGGUCUAAGCAUGUUCCCCGUGGAGAUGGAAACUGAGGGGAGGACGUACGUCUGGAGGAAAAAUGUCUACAACCAAUUGAGCAUGUAUGCCAAUGAUGAUUCGAGUGAACCUUUAUCUUGGUUCCAGAAAUCAAGUCGUCGCCUCUCCGACGGUCGUGAGGAUGUGAUGCCAGCUUUCUUGACUAUAACGAACGAAGUGCAACAUCUCAGAGACACACUCGUCAUCGCUUGCCUUGUAUUAGAGCACCGGAUUCGCAUGAGUGCAAAGUCCGCGUCGAUCCAAAGGAUGGGGGAUGGGCAAGGGAGAACUCCUGCUCAGGCAUUGACCUGAAGGCUGUCAAUCUGUAAUAUUAAUGGCCAUUUAUUUCGAGACUUCGUAUACUGUAAUCAUUUGCAGUCAUAAGCACAACGAGUUCAAAUUAGACGGCAUCCCUGAAUCUAUAUUUUC